AAGGGAUAGACACAAAAGAACCGAUUAUUUAUUUCAACAAACUAUAAGAAAAUAUGCUCUAAGAAUUCCGAUUCGUUUUCUGUUACUUGUUCUUGUUUUCUUAAGUUCAUUCAAUUCCGGCGGCAAUUCAUAGACGGUUUCUUAGCGCAUUCUUGUUGGCAGUCGUAGCGUGUUCUGAGUGUCUGAAGAUGUCGUUGAACGACUUCUUUGCUAAACAAAAUAAGAAGAAGUCCAAGAAAAAACAAAAUCCAACAGAACUAAUGGAUUUACUCACAAAAGGGGGUGAAGUACUCAAAUCCUACCCAGAAUCUAAUGCUCCACAAGAAAACAAGCCUAUUACUUCUGAGAAAGAUGACGAGUGGGAAAUAAUAGACGACGAAAAAGAAAUAGAUCUUCAGAACAUUCGGGUCUACAAUCUGUCCUCUACCAUAACUGACGAUUCUGCUAAAAAUUUGUCAAAAAACAAAGAUUCUCGUGAAGGUGAUGGUGAAUCUGUGGUGGAGAAGAAGGUUUGGGGUGCGAAGCCCAUCGAAACUCCCGAAGAACCCGUAGAAGCAGUUGUACAACCACCACCUAAACCUAGCGUCUACAUUCCUGCUCCGUUGAGACUGGGAGGCAGUGCUUUUGGUCCUGUAGCUCCAAAGCCAAAUGUAGCCAGUUCAAUGGAUUUUCCUACCUUAGAUGCAUCUGUGAAUGAACCUCAGAAAAAGGAAACUCAACCAAAUAAUGAUAAUGAUGAUAAAAACUCACCUUGGCAACAGGCAGGUGUACGUCGUGCUAACCCAAUAUCUAGUACAUUACCAAUAGCCGUCAGUAACACAUCAUCCACAUAUGUUCCACCAAGCUUGAGACAGUCAGGGGCUCCAGGCUUCAAAAGUGUGGGUCCAGGUUAUACUGGAGAUGGCUUCCGGCCUCAUAAUGAUCCACCUUUCCGUUCAGAUAUAGAUCCAGGAUUUAAAAGAUUUACUGAAAAUCCAGGACUUCGCGAAGCCGCUUCUUCAGGUGGUGGUUGGGCUAGAGGAAAUAUUAUCAGUGUGAAUCCCACUAACAAUCCUGCUGAACAACUGCCGCUGAAUCCCUCAAAUACAAGUUUCCACACAGUUUCAGAAAACACAAAUGGAUGGUCUAGGAAUGUAAAUGUGAAGACAUACAAGGAUGUACGUGAGACGCCUGGGCUAGAAAUCGACUUAAAAAACAGAUUCACAGCAUUUAAUGAAACCUGAGACUGACCGUCAAAUGGGCUUUCAUCAGUUUAUCUAUUAAUUUCCAUCUUACGAAAGUAAUGAUUAAUGCUUUAGUAUAUCUGGAAAGUGAUAUUUUGAACAAUUUCGAAGAAGCAAUCGGAGACUAGCUGUUGACUGUACAUUGAUUUUUGAUAAGUUUAUAUUUCUAAUGGAAAGUAUCACGUGCUUAUUUUCCUCCUAUUAUAACAGGUAACCUUAAUGAAUUAUGCUUGGUAGGUGUGGUUGACCUUCACUCAACAACACAUUUCUAAUACAGAACUUAUUUCCAAUGUGUGGUGAAAAUCAUUUGAUCAUCACAAUGUUUUGAAAUUAACAUCUUUUGAUUCUAUCGUUUUAAUGCUCUGAGAUGUGGGACCAAUUAUUUUUCCGAUAACGUGUUCGUUUAACUUCACUAUUUUUCUUAUAAAGUUCACGAGAUUCGUGCAUGUUAUUCUAAAAAGUACUACUUUUAUCCUCAUAUGUGCUGAAUUUUUGUAGAACAUCAUUUUCCUUGUUUAGAUUCUGGUCAUUCGCUUGAGAGUCUUCAGUACUUAGUUCUAUUUUAUAUUACGGUUGAUCCAUGACAGUCGUAUGCAGCAUACUCACUCAUUAAGUAGUUACUCAUAAAUGUCAUACCAGUGCACAAGUGUACUGUCAAGUUGCAGAGAAAAACCAUAGUUUAGAUGUUGAAUAAACAUAAUUAAGUUUCUGUACUGAUGUUUCCCUUUUCGUAUCCUGCAUUGUGCAGCAUCCAAGUUUUAGUGAGAGCGCUGUGUUUUUCCAAACAUCCCAAGGGUCACAUUGUCUAUUUCAUUUCACCUUCAUCACAGUGCCAGAUUAUUCAUACUGUACUUUCUGCUAAGUCCAGGUCGCUCGGGAAAAGUUGGUUAAAGUGAGUGGUAGGACUAAGUAACUACUAUUAAGAGACGAAGUUUUAUUAUGGUUAGCCUUCCCUAUGUUUAUAAAGUUGAGUUGAAAGAAGUAGAUCUCAGAAAUACGAAACUUAUCUGCUACUAUUCCCAAGAAGAUCUGUUUUAAUUGGUCUCAAGUAGUCUGUACGGUCGCACUAUAAUAAUUAAUAUUUUCUUCAUAGAUGAUUGGAGGGAAUUAGUUGUAGAUCACUUAUUCUUCAACCAAUUAUUACCAGACUUAAGCCUCGUGGGUUUGGUAUCAUUUACAUGCAGUUUUUAUGCCGACCCCUAUCAGUUGAAUGUAACAAUUCAAUAAAAUGUAGACUCGUCAUUUUCACCUGAGAAUCUAUACCUGAAAGUAACGGAGGAAAUUUCGGUAAAAACUUUGUCAACUGGUUGCGUGUAUUUAUUUUGGAACUUAAACUAUUAAUAUAAUAAUAUCUGACUGAAACGAGAUUACAUGUUAGUUGAUUUGUGAAUAAAUUUCACUUUACUCGUCCGAACUGUCAUCAGAAUUGAUUACCUCAAGUGGUGUUCGUCAGGGCUGUUCACUCCCCAUUCUUGUUCAACUUUGUGGUCGACGUACUUUUAGAGAUAACGCUUUCCUCAUCUAAAUUUUCAGGAGUUGAACUUCUACCAGGAGAUUCACUUGUGGACUUAGAAUAUACUGAUGACGUAGUUUUAUUUGGUGAAGACGCUGACAAAAUGCAGUCUCCUAACCAUUAUAAGCAACAAUGCAAUCAUGUCCCGGAUGAGGUUCUUCCCCUCGAAAUGCAUAAUGUUGCUUUAGGAUUGGGUGGCAUCGUCACCCGAACUAAUGAUAGCGAGUGAAGUAGUUGAGCGUGUCGACCGCUUCACUUAUCUGGGGAGUCUCACCAGCCCUUGUGGUCUGGUGUGUGACGAAAUCUCAGCACGGAUACAGAAGGCUCGACUAGCUUUCCCCAACCUGUGUUAUUUAUGGCGUAGGCGAGAUAUCCGUCUAUCAACCAAAGGACGGGUUUACUGAGCAGCAGUUCGUUCCGUCCUACUUUAUGGCAGUGAAACAUGGCCGGUAAGAGUAGAGGAUAUUCGUAGGUUACUAGUAUUUGAUCAUAGGUGUCUUCGAAAUAUUGCUCGUAUAUCCUGGGACCAUCGAGUAAGUGACGCAGUUGUUAGGAAACGGGUUCUAGGUAAGGAUGGCAAAUCAGUUGAUGAAGUAGUGGAACUUCAUCAGUUGAGAUGGUUGGGACACGUGUUACGUAUGCCCAACCACCGACGUGUGAUGUUUUAUGGUGUGGGAGUAGAUUGGGAGAAGGUUAGGGGUGGCCAGACCAAAACUGCACGAUUCCAUGAAAUCACUGACAAGUGGUAGGUGUAGAUUACCGUGUUGGGGACCGCGAGACGAUAGCAUUCGAUGGUUAGAGACCUUGAUUGACGUGACUCAAAGUCGAUUGCAAUGGUGCAGGUGCAUCCAUUCUUUGUGUUUUCCCAAAUUGUAAUCUGAAUUCUUUGUGUCCCUCUUUUCAAAUUUAUUUCACUGAAUUACACUCUUUGAUUCAUCUCCAAACCCUAAUCUUUCCGAUUACUGUUCAUACUUUUACUAGCACUACCACUACGGGAUUUGAAUCGACAAUUUUAUAUGUGUGCUAAUGUGGUAUUGCAACUUCAACGAAUGUCUGUACAUAAGAAGUCCUAAGUUGCUACUGACUAACGUCCAAAUCUGCAUGUAGUACUGGCGCUAUGCGGUCUGGCAGGUACAAGGAUUAUAUGAAGCAAAAUAGUAGGGAACUUACAUAACUGGUUCCUAAUUAAUAUUUAGAUGUGUUCGAAUGUAUAGUGUCGUACUAACCUGGGACAAUUGGAAGUAUAAUGCUUCGUAAUUCGGUUAAUUGCAAUUCGUUUGCGUAAAGAGUGAGCUUCGUGAGGAAUUAGCUUUUUCUCUGGAUAAAUUAGGUUUUCAAUGCCGGGCAAAUUCUUUUAAUCACUCAUCCUGUAUAAUUUUAAUCGGACUUGGUUUAUUUUAAUACUACUUCUGACAACGCUUGGCUGAAUUACGCUGCAUUAGAUAUUCAUCGCUAACAAGAUUUUUCGGUAUCAUUUCCCAAUGUUAACUCAAUAAUAACAGAGGAGUCUAUAUUUGGCGCUUCAUGAAAUUCACACAAAUAUGUAAAUCUUUAGAUGAUAAUAGAGGGGGACCGAAUUUAUAAUUCCUAGAAAUGAGAUCGUCUCCUGUAUUCUGCAAUGCUAAAAAUUAUGGCCUGUGAAAGGGAAGUGUUAUGUGGUAGCGAAAGUAAAAUAUGAUUGGUCACUGAGCAUGGACAAGAAGGUACUUAGUCUACUGAAGAUGUGAUCUUUCGUCUCACUGAGAGCGACUUGUAAUUUUGUUGAGAAAGUAUUAUCUAGUCUAUACUCCGGUCCUGCAUUCUGCAUCUGAUAUAAUGUGGCUAGUCUCAUUGUACUAACGUAUUAUUGAAGUAUAACCCAUCCGAUACAUCAAAAGUUAAUCGGUUUCAUUAGGUGAUAAUUUUUGGGUUAGGUGGAGCGCUUUGACGAAUUAGGAAAUAUGCGGUUGAAACAAAUGACAGUUCAAUUCCUAAGUACUGCCGGCGGCUAGUUAUGACGCGAACGUACGAUUGGUCGUGUCAUGAAAAUACCAUAGGUAGUCAGCUCGACAUGAUAUUUCUCGAGGAAAGAGUAUUUUUAUAUCCUGAUGCCGAGGAACUCGAGUUUUGCCAGUCCACAUGUAUAUAGAAGGAAACAUGGGACAUUGCUUCCAUAUCUCAGCUUGUUUACGUUCUGUGAAAUUAAGUUAUUGUCAGCCUGAGGAUCACUAUUUGUUACCAAUCAAAUAAAUUCAAUCAGAAAUAUAGGUAUUGAGGAUAUACUGCAAAACGAAAAAUAACAGAAUCACUCAGGAAUGUUGAAUUAUUCUUAAAUUAAUUUGUUGGCAGAAACUAGGGUGUAUAUUUUAAUAGCAACUAUUAGGUAUUCAGUCUUGAAAGAAGAUUUUCGUGUGAAUGUCAGUCAGUCGAUUGAUAUUUGUCAUACUAUGUAUAUUUAUUUUGAGUUUGUGGCUUCAGUUGUAUGGACAGUUUCGAUUCAGGCAUCUGAGCUACUCGACCACAUAUCAUUCAGUAGUUCAAUAAUAUACCAGAACAGAACUGUUGGUGAAAUUUCGAAUUAUUGUUAUAUAAACGGAAGGAAAUCAGUAUUCAUCGAUGACGUUAUCUUCUAUCCAUAUGAGUACUCAUCGCCAGUCCGUAAGAAGAUGCUUAGAUCAGAUUAUUCCGUAGAAAAUACUCCUCAUCUACCUGUCGGAAAUCGAUCAGCCUAAAUAAAUACACAUAGAUUGUUUUAAUAAAAUUCUCACAACUAGUGAUAAAUGUUUAGUCUCCAAAGGCAUAUGAUUGAAAAUUUUCAUUUGUCUACGAAAUCAGUUAAUCAUCUUUCCCGAAAAUUGGGGUAACAGCACUACAAAGGAUCAAUACAGCUUUCAAUCUAAACACGGACAAACUCGAAUUCAAGAUAACUCUUAACAACAGGUUCCAAGCCUUACAGGAUCUACUCGAACAAAAAGAAACUACUAUGGAGGGUGGUUCGAAAGGGAUCAAGGAAGCAUUAACUUCAACGUGUCAGGAGGUGUUGGUUAGCAACAAUUUUCAUCAUGAGGGCUGGAUCUCUAUCGAAACCCUGAGCAGGAUCCGAGAAAGGAAGAACAAGAAGACAACAAUUGAACAUGAUCAUAGAAAAUCAAUACACAGAAGCAAACAAACAUGGGAAGAGGAGCAUUAAAGCUGACAAGCAGAAAUAUGUGGAAGACCUAGCAACGACAGAGGAAAAAGAUGCAACAGGAGGAAAUAUGAAACAACUAUAUGACACGACGAGGAAACUGGCAGGGAAAUAUAUCUAACCAGAAAGACCGGUCAAGGAUAAAGAAGGUAAGACAAUAACGUAAUUCAGGAACAGAGGAACAGAUGGGUAGAAUACUUUGAGGAACUCUGGAAUAGAUCAGCCCCACUGGAUCCACCAGACAUCGAGGCAGCACCUACAAACCUUCCUAUGGAUGUCACUCCAUCAACGAUUGACGGAAUCAGGAUGGUCAUCAGACAAAUCAAGAGUGAGAAAGCAGCAGCACUUGACAAUAUACCAGCUGAAGUCAGACAUACAAGCAACUGCAAACAGAAUGUCUCCGAACCGGAAGAAAGAUUGAGCGGAUGCGCAUCUGCGAGAUCAACAGGUCGGAUUCCGUGAAAAUCGGUUGUGCACAGUCCAAAUCGCGAUACUAAUGAUCAUUAUUGAACAAUCAGCUAAAUAGACCUCGUUGCUGCACAUCAACUUCCCUGGUUAUGAGGUGUUUGACGGCGUGGAUAGGAGAACCUUAUGGAACAUUCUUCGAUACUAUUGUGCACCUGAGAAAAUCAUCCGAAGUUUAUACGAUGGACUACACUGCAGAGUGGUGCAUUGAGGACAACUGAUACACGCAUCCCAAGUGAAGACAUGUAUCAGAUAAGGAUGCUUAAUUCCACAUUUUUUCUUCUAGUGGUUGAUUGGAUUAUGAAGACCUCUACAUCUCAGAGUAAUCUCUACAUACAAUGGGAAACUUGAGUGCGGCUAGACUAUUUGGACUUCAUAGAUGAUCUAGCUCUUCUGUCCCAUACACACCAGCAAAUGCAGGCAAAGACAACCGGUGUAGUAGUAGGCCUCAACAUACACAAGGGGGAAGUAAGAUCCCCAGAUACAACACAGAGAACACUAACCCAAUCACUCUUGUUGAAACUCUGGAAGAGGUAGAAACUUUCACGUACCUGGACAUCAUCGUAGAUGAACGUGGAGAAUCGGAUGCAGACGUGAAGGCAAAUCAUGUGCAGCAUUACUAUAGUUGAAGAACAUUUGGAACUAAUUUAUUUAUUUAUUUAUUUCAACACAUAGAUAUUGGUACAAAGAGGCACCAAAUACAUAUGCGCCACACAAAUCUCAUUCGAUAUGUGUGAGGUCUGUGGUACUGCCCGGGUGCCUAAACCGAAGCAGGUGAUUUUCUUAGGGGGCCACACCCGGAGCCUUCGACCUGAAGGUCUGAUCCACAAGGCAGUGAAGCAACACCAGGAGAUGCAGUCCUAUGGUAACCGGUGACCAACAACUGGUUCAUACACCAUUUGUUCUCUCAGGAUCCUGGAGCCCAUGUGCAUCAUUGGUUUGGAAUCAGGGUUUUCCAACUCCUCUAGGUGGACUCUCCAUGUCCACCAACCCGAUUAAAGCGCCGGACAUUCGCUUUUUGUCCUCUCAUUUUCGUAAACAACACCCCCGCCACGAGAAGGCAGUGAGUAGGACUUCCCUGGCAGAGGCUAUACAGGCGUGGCCAUGUGAGAGCAUUUCGAGAGGGAGAGCGGACUCUCCCCACUCGGCCGUACCAGGGCAUUUGGGAACUCAAAAAAACUAUCAACCAAUAUCAAAGUGAGAAUCUUCAAUACGAACGUCAAGACAGUUCUACUGUACGGAGCUGACACUUGGAGAGUUACAACAACCAUCAUCAAACAUGUAAAAGUACUUAUAAGCAAUUGUCUACGCAAGAUACUCAAUGUGCAAUGACCAUACCGUCAGUAACUGCCUACUGUGGGAGAGAACUAAUCAACAUCCAGCCGAAAAGUUAAUUAGGAAAAGACGUGGGAAGUGAAUAGGACAUAUAUUGCUAAAAUCAUCAAACUGCAUCACGAAGCAAGUGCUAACUUGGGGUCUUGAAGGGAAACUGAAGUACAUACUGCGUUGAGAAUCGGAAGCAGACAUGAAACAUGAAUGGCAACCAGAAACAACUAGAAAGGAUUUCUCAGGACAGAGUUGGAUGGAGAAUGCUGGUGGGCGGCCAAUGCACCUCCACGAGUGAUAACAGGCCCAAGUAACUAAGUGUUUUCUUACUAUGAUAGAAACUAAUUCACUUCCUCCUAUUAACACAGUUAUUUACUAUUUGGUGAUCAUGACUCUAUCAUUACUCAUAUUUAUGCUGUUUUAUAUACAGCUUAUAUUCGUACUGUUUUGAUGCAGUAUUUGGAACAUUAAUGGUAGUUUGUUUUUUCACAUAUAUUCACUCAUUAGGCUGGCUGUUUUGUCUCUUAAAAUUCGUUCGCUUAGCCAGAGGGUUGUGUUACGCAACUUAUUAUUAUAUGCUUGAUCACUUUGGUCAUGCUAUCAUUCAUAGGUUAGUAUUGAUCCAUCUACGAUCUCUUCAUAACAGUUAAUUAAAUGAUGUCUUUUUGGUUUAUAUCUCUUCUAUUAUUCUUUUUCCCUAGUAAAUGAACUAUUCAAAACAUAUGUAAAUUGAG